AUGGCGGAGUCCGUGCAAACCUUCGGGCGCAAGAAGAAUGCUGUGGCCGUCGCACACGUGAAGCGCGGAAAGGGCGAGCUGCGCCUGAAUGGUGCCCCCCUGGAGCUCCUGCAGCCCGACACCAUGCGCCUGAAGGUGCUGGAGCCCGUGCUCCUGCUGGGCAAGCAGCGCUUCUCCAACGUGGACGUCCGUAUCCGCGUGCGCGGCGGAGGCCACGUCGCCCAGAUCUACGCUAUCCGCCAGGCCAUCGCCAAGGGCAUCGUGGCCUUCUACCAGAAGCACGUGGACGAGCAGUCCAAGAACCAGAUCAAGGACGUCCUGCUGACCUACGACCGCACCCUGUUGGUCGCCGACCCGCGCCGGUCGGAGCCCAAGAAGUUCGGUGGCCCGGGCGCCCGUGCCCGCUUCCAGAAGUCCUACCGCUGA